CACAGGUGAAUGUAAUGUCACGCCAUCCACUUCUUGGUUCUCUCGACUGUUUACAAACAAACAACAGAAGCCACACCAUUAGUAUGUUAUAUGCCCGACGAGCUUCCCUACUGCAGCAAGUUACGCGCACUUCAAUCGGCGAUUUGCCAACUAGACAUGAAGUUAUCGAAAGCCCUCGCAAUAAAUGGCUUAGUGAAAUCAACGAUAUACUCGAUGAGCCUACAGUGCCGCAUGAAAUUCAAGCGCCUGCAAUAAGCAAUGGAAAAAUGGAAGCAGCACGUCUUAUUGUUAUACGCCGUCGAAAGAUGAAGAAGCAUAAGUUGAAGAAACUGCGCCGCAAGAUGAAAUUCGAAUGGGCCAAAGUGCGUCAACGCCGUGAGAUGCGCAAAGAAAAGGCAUUCCAAGCUAAAUUGAUCGCUCAAGUGAAAGCCGGUGAAGCAUUUAAUGCAGAGCAGUACGUGGAAGAGCAGCUGCGAAAGGCAAACGAGAAUCCAUUGCCCCGUUAUUGGAAAGGAAGGCGGUUGCCUGCGUUUAUCAUCAAAGAGAAACUGGGAAUUAAGUGAAAAAUUGUCAUAGGCUAUUAGGUUUAUAAGAUUGUUUGUAUUUAGCGAACGUGUUGGUAUUUCAUUGGUAUUUACAAGAAUAAAUCCAAAUUUUACAAGUCAUUCUGUGAGCGGCUCGCAUUCUA